AUGGCCUUAGCCUUACCCUCCAUACUUCUCUCCACACUCCUAACCCUCCUCCUCCCACCCCUCCUCUUCCUAACCUGGUACCUCCACGUCCCACGAAACCUCCCAACCCUCCCCAAAAUACCAAUCUAUGUCUCGAUCCUCGGCCUCUGGUCCUCAAUGGGCCAAGACGAGAUCUACAAACGAUGGUUCAGAGCUCCACUAGAGAAACACGGCGCCGUGUUAGUCUGGUUCGCUGGAAGAUGGAGUGUUCUCGUUUCACGACCGGAUUGGUUGACCGACAUGUUCCGCAAUGAACAAAUAUAUGCGAAAGCCGGGAGCCAGAUUAAGAUUCCGCAUGCUGUUAUUGCGACGCUUGUCGGUGAUAACAUUAUCAAUGCCCAUGGCGAGAAUUGGAAGCUUUAUACCAGUAUUAUGAAGGCCGGGUUGCAGAAGAAGGUUUUUGAGACGACGUCUUUGCUGAAACAGUCGAGGAAGUUGGUGGAUGUUCUGAUCGAUUUGCAAAAGGAGACUGGACCAAAUAGAGGCAUUCUGGUUAUGGCAGAUGUACAGAAAUGGGCCGUGGAUGUGAUGGGCGAGAACUUCCUAGACUUGGAUCUGAAGAGCUUGGGCCAACCAAACGGCGCCGUCCGAAUCGAAGCCCUCCAAUCCAUUAUCAAAGCAACCCUCUUCAAACCAAUGUACUUCAGCUUCCCCGAUCUCGAUCACUUCCCCUGGCUUCUACCAUCUCGCAAACGCGCCUACAAUAUAAUGCGUGAAUUCGACAACCGCCUCUACACAAUGAUAAUGACAAUGCUCCACAAGCGCACGCAAAGCAAAGCAACCCAAUCCGAAGAAAUGGUCUCGCACAUGCUGGGCGAAGCAUAUACAUCAGGCCGGAUAACCGAGAAACAAUUCCGCGAUAACCUCAAGAUAACAUUCCUAACCGCACACGAAAACGCCCAGCAACUCGUCACGUCUAUGUUCUGGCAGCUGGGCACUCGAGUCGAUAUUCAGGAUCGACUACGGGAGGAGAUCCUAGAAACCGCCAAGACCCACCAGAAUCCAUCACAGGAAACCAUUAAUAGUCUCCCGUACCUCACAGCCGUGGUUUUGGAACUACUUCGUCUGUUCCCACCUGUGUGUCAGCUCAUUAACCGGGUCGCCUUGCAGCCGGCGCUGCUGGGUGGGGAACUUCCCAUUGCGAAGGGGACGUUUCUGGGAUGGAAUGCGUGGGCGGUGCAUAGUAACCCUGAUGUAUGGGGUUUGGAUGCGCGUGAGUUUCGGGCGGAGAGGUGGGGAGAGAGUGUUGAGGAGAUGCAGGGGCGGUUUCGGAGGGAGACGGUUCGCGGAACGUAUAUUCCGUUUAAUGCGCAUAAGCGGAAGUGUCUUGGACAGGGAUUUGCGUUGUUGCAAGUGAAGAUUUUGUUGUUUGUUUUAUUGGGGAGGGUUAGGUGGGUUGUUGAUCCUAAGUAUCAAUUGAAGAUGACGCCGGGUGGAAUUCUGGCACCGCUGGGGUGUCGAGUUAUUUUGACCAACUUGGAGUCUUCGUGA